AUUUGACUCCAGAAGGUGACACCGGAAGUGCUACUAAUCUUCCUGUUCCGCGCCGCCGCAGUAAGAGCUUUUAACCCACUCGAACAGCCCCCCCCCCACGGGCGCUUUGGACGGUCCAGAUUCAGAUAAACACAUCAGAAGUUUGUCCUGGUCGUUGCGGCUGAGGCCGGUGUUAUAACGCAGUAAGGUCACAGAGGAGCUGCUCACAGAGAGCCGGGAGACGUACCUGUGACGGUGGAAUAGGACAAACAGGUGAAGCAGCGGAGCCGGUCCGAACCGGUCUGAGCGGAACUCCGUCAGGCAAACAUCUUCUUUAAGACCCUGAAUGAGAAGAAACGGGUGAAGCUGAGCCUCGUGGUGUGUUCAGAGUGGACGUGUGAGGGAGUGCAGCCGGAGACACGCCGGUGUUGGAGCGUCAUGUGUGCGUAGCUGCCCUCUGAUUGGACUCUUGUCUCUGCUGACUCGGUCUGAUGUUGCGGCACAGUAAGCUGCAGAAGCAGGUCCUCGCUCUGUACCGGCAGUUCCUGCGAGCCGGGCGGGACAAACCGGGCUUCGUCCCCCGAAUCCGCGACGAGUUCAGAGAGAACUCCCGCAUCAAGAAGACGGACGUGAUGCACAUCGAGUAUCUGUACCGACGGGGCCAGCGGCAGCUGGAGCAGCUGAGGGACGUCAACACCAAACAGCUGGGCUCCUUCUCCAAACCCAAAGAGUGCGGCUGAAACCGUGUGACCUCUGAAUCGCACUGCCGUACCUCUGAAAGACGCCGGCGCCAUCAAACUGCUGCCAUCGUGCUCAGGAGACGGGCUAUGAAGGCCGCAGCAGCGAUAGAAGCUGCAGUGAAACAAAUGUUGACAGUAAUGAAUUUUAUCUGAUGUCUGUAACAAUAAAACGUGUCUGUGAUGAAGACGAACUCAUAUUCUUCAUAUUCAUGUUUAAGAAACUCAAAACCAUCAGAGUUAAUCUGUUAAUGUGUUGAUGACGGUCAGGCUUCAUGUCUCCCUCUGAAAUAUCAUUCAUAUUGUUCUUCAUGCGUCUGCACUGCAUUCUGGGUAGAUGAAGAGUCAUGUGACUAUUUUUUUUUUUCAGGAAUUAAAAAGAAAAUUAAAAAGUUUGUUUCCAGGGGAACUGAAACGAGGGAAAUCAGGUGUUUUAGUUUUUACACAGAAAAUUGUUUAAAGGAGCUUAAAUGGAGUCAGAGCAGGAGUGGGUUUAAAAAAUCAGUCGAUUUUAGUUUGAAGAAAGUGAUUUCGAUGCAUUAAAUCCUGAAUCGAUUUUUAAAUGUAAAUGUAUUUUGCUAGAAACGCUAAAAUCUCAGGUUAAAUCUCACAAAACUAUUUCAACAACCAGCAAACAGCCAAAACGGUAAACGAGAGCCGAAACAUGUAAACAGAGAGCGUGGAUCAUUCACCUGACGUCACGGACGCGCCGUCAGGGCUGAAGAACGAAAGCUCAGUGAUUCUGAUGCUGCAGGUUUUGUCUCUCCAACCAAAAUUCACUGAACCUGCAGAAAAAGAAGCUCCGAACUACGCUUCACACUUGAUAAACAUGCUCAUUAACUCCCUCUGACUUUGGCUGUUUUACUUCCUGCACAGCUCUCUCUCUCUCAGUGCACUCAGAGUCAGUUUUACCAUCAAAUCUCUGUUUUCUGCAUUAUUCUCUGCUUAUUACGCACCAGCCUGCUGCUGUGCUCAGUGCUGUCCGCCUCUGACAGUAAAGCCUCAUUUCUGCUGUUCAAAUUGAAGAAAUGUAAACUUUUACAAAAUGAUUGCUCAGCUGUGUCUGUAAUCAAACCUCUGUGACUUUGCAUCAGGUCAUGUUCACAUGUUCAUUCACGGUUUUCUUCUGUUUUGGAUCUACUGCAGAAUAUUUUAAGGUUAUCUGCUAUAAAAAGUCAGGCCAGGAAAA